AUGCCGGGCAGUGAAGGGCACUUUGUGCAGCAGCAGAUUGUCAGAGUGGAGCCUGGAUUUGUCCGGCUGGUGGAAGGGAAGAGCCGCUGCUCAGGACGUGUGGAGAUCCGUGACGGGGACCAGUGGAAAACCGUCUGUGAUUCCCACUUUGGUCCCAAAGCUGCUGACGUGGUCUGCAGGGAGCUGCAGUGCGGCGUGGCCCUGCCUGUCACUGGAGGAGGUCACUUUGGAGAAGGGGUCGGUCCCAUCUGGGAUGGAGAGCUGCAGUGUGUGGGGAAUGAAUCCCUCCUGGCCUCCUGCCCCAGAGGGUCCCCCAGGGACCAGCCCUGCACCCACGUGAACAGCGCUAUUGUCACCUGCACAUGUAAGAAUUCCGGAUUUGUCCGGCUGGUGGAAGGGAAGAGCCACUGCUCAGGACGUGUGGAGAUCCGUGAUGGGGACCAGUGGAAAACCGUCUGUGAUUCCCACUUUGGUCCCAAAGCUGCUGACGUGGUCUGCAGGGAGCUGCAGUGCGGCGUGGCCCUGCCUGUCACUGGAGGAGGUCACUUUGGAGAAGGGGUCGGUCCCAUCUGGGAUGGAGCGCUGCAGUGUGUGGGGAAUGAAUCCCUCCUGGCCUCCUGCCCCAGAGGGUCCCCCAGGGACCAGCCCUGCACCCACGUGAACAGCGCUAUUGUCACCUGCACACAGUACACAGGGUUCAGGCUGGUGAACGGCAGCACGGCAUGUGCAGGGAGGGUGGAGGUCCAGGUGCUGGGGACCUGGGGGACCCUCUGUGCCUCCCACUGGGAUCUGUCAGAUGCCCACGUUCUCUGUCAUCAACUCAACUGUGGGUUUGCCGAGUCCAUUCCUGGAGGAGAGUAUUUUGGGAGAGAGACUGGCCCUGUCUGGAGAGACUCAUUCCACUGUGACGGGACUGAAGCCCACCUGGGUCAGUGCCCAGUGAUCACCCUGGGGGCCUCACCAUGCUCCCGCGGGAGCAACGCUGCUGUUAUUUGCUCAGGUGACUUUGCAUCCCUGCGGCUGGUGGGUGGAGGGAGCCGGUGCGAUGGGCGAGUGGAGAUCUUCCAGCAUGGGACGUGGGGCAGAGUCCUGGAUGACCAGUGGGAUGUGCAGGAGUCCAGCGUGGUGUGCCGGCAGCUGCGGUGCGGAGAGGCAGGGGGAGCUUACAACCCCCCAAAGCCGGAGCGAGGGACGGGCCCUGUGGGGCUGCGAGGGGUCCGGUGCGCAGGGCACGAGGCCAACCUGACCCUCUGCAACACCUCCCUGCCUGAGAGUGCACUGGCGGCAGGGGUUGCGGAGGACGUGGGAGUCAUUUGCUGGGGGAGCCGGCGGGUCCGGCUGGUGAACGGGGCUGGGCGCUGCGCCGGGAGAGUGGAGAUCUACUACCAGGGCAGCUGGGGGACUGUCUGCGACGAUGGCUGGGACCUGUCUGAUGCUGCCGUCGUUUGCCACCAGCUGGGCUGCGGAGGGGCAGUGGAGGUGGCUGGCUCUGCUCAGUUUGGGGAAGGCUCCGGGCAGAUCUGGCUGGAUGGCGUGAACUGCUCCGGGGCCGAAGCUGCUCUCUGGGACUGCCCUGCCAGGCCCUGGGGGCAGCACGACUGCGGGCACAAAGAGGAUGCGGGAGUCGUCUGUUCAGAGUUCGUGGCCCUGAGGCUGGAGAACAGCGACGGCUGCUCUGGGCGCCUGCAGGUUUUCUACAACGGGACAUGGGGGAGCAUUUGCUCCAACUCGAUGACUCUCGACACGGUGUCGCUGGCAUGCAAGGAGCUGGGCUGCGGAGACAGAGGAUCCCAGGAAACAGGCCUGCCCUAUGGUAGGGUGUCUGGCCCGGCGUGGCUGGAUAAGGUGCAGUGUGGGGAGAAAACCAGCUCCUUCUGGCAGUGUCCCUCGGCUCCCUGGGACCCACAGUCAUGCGAAGACCUGCGAGACGAGGUCCACAUCAUCUGCAACGGGGGACGCCCAGAAAUGCCCCAGAGCCCGUUGGCCCCGUGCCCCAACUCCACGAGCUGCACAGACAGGGAGAAGAUUCGUGCAGUGGGAGGCGAGGACGGGUGCUCAGGCAGAGUGGAGGUCUGGCACCGUGGCUCUUGGGGGACAGUGUGCGAUGACUCCUGGGACAUGCGGGAUGCUGAAGUGGCGUGCAGGCAGCUGGGCUGUGGCCCCGCAGUGUCUGCCCUGCAUGAGGCUGCAUUUGGGAUGGGGAUGGGCCCCAUCUGGCUGGAGCAGGUGGAGUGCCAGGGGACAGAGCUGUCCUUACAGGACUGCUGGGCCCGGCCCGGGGACAGCGGUGUUUGCCGGCAUAAGGAAGAUGCUGCCGUGCACUGCUCAGAUCCCACCCGAGGCCGUCUGACCAGCAGUGGGAGAGUCUCAGUGCCCGUCAUCAUCUGCAUCAUCCUGGGGGCCCUUCUCUGCCUGCUCCUGGCCCUCCUGGCUGGGCAAGUGCUAAGCGCCAGGGCUGGACGCAGAGGCUCCUGGAGAGCUCAGGAACCAUUCCCCGAGGCCGUGUAUGAGGAGGUUGUUUACAGCCCAGCGUGGGAGAAGCAGGCGAGGUUUGGUCGCUCAGGCUCCUAUUCAGAGGAGUCCCUGACCCAGCUGCAGCCCUACCCUGGCGUGAGCGAGGAGGAGGAUGGUCUGGGAUCAGCACCAGAUGUUCUUGUCCUGCCCGGAGGUGAGCCAGCGGAUGGCUAUGAUGAUGCCAGGGAGGUUUCUGACCCAGAGGAGGAUGCUGCCCCUGGGCAGGGAGCUUGGGAACUGCCCAGGGUGCCAGAGGAGGGAGCAGGGACCAGGGAUGCAGCCAGAGGGGGCAGCCUGCACUCCCAGAGAAGUGCCGGGGUCCCUGGAGCUGAAGGAGUCACCUUGUCCCUGUCCCUGGGGAGUACGGGCUAUGAUGAUGCUGAAGAGGUGUCUCUGGCACAUCCUUGUGAGGACACAAAGGCUGUGACACGGGAGCUCAGUGCACAACAGUGCCUGAGCCCCAGGCCAGGAGAGCCCAACCCUGCUGUGCCGCUGGGUGCAGCCAGGAGGGAGGAGAGGUCUGUGCAGCUGGGAGAGCUGUGA